AUGGACGACGACGCGGACGACGCGGACGCGGGCGCCGAUGACGUGGACCCGCUCGACGCGUUCAUGGCGACGUUGGAGACGACGGCUGCGCGCGCGACGACGGCGAAAGCGGCGGCGCGACGAAUGGACGCGGACGACGACGCGGACGACGCGUUCGCUCGGUGCGGGAUGAUGAUCGGCGCGCGCGCGCGCGCGGUGGGCGCGCGUGGACGUGCGCGCGCGGUGGACGCGGCGGUGGACGCGGCGGUGGAUGGGUGCGAUGCGGUGGACGCGGAUGGAUGGGAAACGGAUGGACGGGGAGCGCCGCGGGACGCGUGCGGGACGGUGGAUCACGCGUCGAUGACGUACGACGCGUACGUUCGAGCGACGUACGUGGUGCCGAAGGAGUUGGCGGAGCUCACGGUGGAGGCGGUGGAGGCGAGACGCGAGGCGUUGGACGUGCGGGUGGACGGCGAGACGCGCGCGCCGGUGGAGCGCUUUGGACAAGGCGGGGCGCUGGACGUCCACGCGAUCAGAGCGCUAAAAAGGUUGGGAUACGAGACGCCGACGGGGAUUCAGGCGCAGUGUAUACCGGUGAUAUGCGGUGGGCGCGACGCGCUCGGGUUGGCGACGACGGGGAGCGGGAAGACGCUCGCGUUUUUGUUACCCGCGUACGCGCAGAUUUCCAGACAGCGACCGCUGCGGAAAAAAGAGGGGCCGAUGGCGCUCGUUCUCGCGCCCACGCGUGAGCUUGCGACGCAAAUCGCGAACGAGGCGAAUGCUUUCAAUCGCGCGGGCGUUCCCGCUCGAUGUUGCGCCAUCUUUGGCGGGGCGAGCAAGCACGAGCAGUUGAAGAGACUUCGAGCUGGCGCGGAGAUCGUCGUCGCGACGCCCGGACGCUUGAUCGACGUCCUUCACGUGAAGAACUCCAUCGAUUUGCGAAGGGUGACGUAUCUCGCUCUGGACGAGGCGGACAGAAUGCUGGACAUGGGCUUCGAGCGAGCGGUUCUCUCGAUUUGUCGAGCUGUUCGUCCGGACGCGCAGCGCGUGAUGUUCAGCGCAACGAUGCCGCGCAACGUUCGUUGGCUCGUUAACGAGGUACUCGCUGAUGAUUUUGUCACGAUAUCUCAUGGUCAAGUCGGCACGGCGAACGAUGACGUUCGUCAGCUCGUGCACGUGUUCGAGGAUGAAGUUCGACGCGCGUUUUGGUUCUUCGAGCGCGUCGGCGACUUCGUCAACGAAGGUCAAACGCUCGUGUUCGUGAGCCAAAAAUCAGCCGUCGAUGAAUUAGUGAAAGACCUGCGAGAGAUGCGCGGCGUCAGAGCCGUCGGCUUGCACGGUGAUAUGGACCAAGCCGAACGACAGAGCGCGAUGAAGGCGUUCAAGGGCGAGCAGGCGCACGUGCUCGUGGCCACGGACGUGGCCGCGCGCGGUCUCCACGUGCAGUCCAUCAAGACCGUGGUCAACUUACAUCCCGCGCGAGAUAUCUCGACGCACGUGCACAGGAUCGGUCGAACCGGGCGCGCGGGCGCUACGGACGGCGUGGCAUACACCUUGCUCACGCCUCUCGACUGUUCGCCGAGAUUCGCCUCGCAACUCGAGCGCGGUCUGGAAGAUUCCGGACAGCAAGUCCCGCUCGAUCUCAAAGCCCUCGCGCGAGGAUCUUACAACAAGAGACCGAGAUCUGACGAUCAUGGCGAGCCUUUGACACAUCGUCAUGGCAAAGUGGGCGGACGAGGCGUUGGAUUCGUGGGCGCGCGCGCGCCGACGAGCGCUCCGCACGGCGGCGGUCGCGGUGCACGUCCGAUACCACGAGAGAACUUCACCGCGGUACCUCCACCGCCUUCGUCGGAAACGAAUUUCCGCUCCAAGCAGCACGCAGAGGCGCUUGCGCAAGCGCGCGCGCGCGCGGAGUCCAUCGCCGCGCAGCUGGUGCAGCCUCCGCCGCCUCCAUCGAUUGAAGAGUCAUCGUCCGCGGCGUCCGCGGCAAUAGCCGCCGCGCGCGCCAUAGCGGCCCGACUCACCGCCGCCCACCCGCCGACCGCGGAGGAGCGUUAG